GGUUGAAGAUACUGAAAAGUGAAAAGCUGAAUGUAAAGUUUCGAUGGUGAUAGUUGCAAUUUUCGUCGACGUUUAUAGAAAUUGAUGUAAAUUUUCGUGAAAAAGUUGAUAUUCGUAACCGUUAGUAUUGAUUUAAUUCUCGUCUGAUCUCGCAUUGAUUUAAAAUUUCAGUAUGCCGAGCAUCAAAUUACAAAGUUGCGACAAUGAGAUAUUCACCAUCGACUUCGAAGUUGCUAAAUGUUCGGCCACAAUUAAAACAAUGGUGGAAGAUUUAGGUCUGGAAGAAGGAGACGAAGAAAUUGUUCCAUUACCGAACGUAAAUUCAGCUAUUCUACGUAAAGUUAUUCAAUGGGCCACUUAUCACAAAGACGAUCCACCACUUCCUGAAGAUGAAGAAAACAAAGAAAAAAGAACAGACGAUAUAUCGAGCUGGGAUUCCGAUUUUUUGAAAGUAGAUCAAGGUACUCUAUUUGAAUUGAUUUUGGCUGCGAACUAUUUGGAUAUCAAAGGAUUGUUGGACGUUACUUGUAAAACCGUAGCGAAUAUGAUCAAAGGUAAAACACCGGAAGAAAUACGCAAGACGUUCAAUAUCAAAAACGAUUUCAAUCCGGCCGAAGAAGAACAAGUUCGUAAAGAAAAUGAAUGGUGUGAAGACAAAUGAUUUUAUCAUAUUUGCGUCUACUACUUUAAGUCUUUUAUUUUUGUAUUACUAAAACAUGCUUUGUGCGGUACUGAUAGCCUAUUUUGUAUUAAAGUCAAAUCUUUCUUUUUCAAAAUGAUUUAAAAUUUUGUGCAAGGAUUUUCAUUUACAUUAAACGACAAGAUUUGGUGUAAUUUUUAGCAAUGUUCUUAAAAUAAAUUGACUAAUAUUUCGGUUUUGAAGGUUUAUAUUCCAUUUAUUCAUUUUACAUCACCAUUCGUUGUUGCACACUCAUUUCAUUAAAAAGGGCAAUAUCGUUUCGCAUGUUUUUAGAUUUCGCUAGUUGGAUAUUUUGUACUAUGUAGUCAAAUGUUCAUUUGAUGUUUUUGCUAUUGAGCUGAUUACAGAGAAGUACUCGAUUUCUCUCCUUUGUUUGUUCAUAUUCAGUUCAUUUUAAAGAUUGUCCCUGGAAUUUUAAGUAUGUUUAGUAAAGAAUGAAUAAUUUUGUGUUUGUAUUAAGUGUAGCUUCAUUGAUUUUCUCCAAUAAAAUGUACUUAUUAAUAAA